UGCUGUCUACAUAAAAAAUACACAAGAAAAAAGUAGAAAAAAAAAAGUAUUUUUUAAAUAAUUGUCCUGAUUUUUAAUUCUAGUUUUUAUACGCGCCUUGAAUAUUUGCACAUAAAAUGCGGCGACAAAAGUCAUCGAUUCUGACAGCAACAGAUCCCAGUGAGCUGGAGGAGCCACCCAAGCAAACCGAUUGGAGUCUCUAUACGCCCUACGAUAUAAUACGCAUGCAAAACUGCAAGACGGCAAAGUUUUAUGCCAAGGAAACUUAUCCGAGCAUACGACCGCCUGUGUCCAAGUGUUUGCUCCAAGUGACGGCGAAUAAUUUGUCCGAUGCUGUGGAGCGGGCGGGCUGCAAGCGAGAUCUUGUACCGAAUCCACCACAAACAACCGAAACGGACCUCGUGGAGUUCUGGAAGCAGCAACCCCACAAGGAGGCAUUGAGCUGUUAUGGCAUUGAGGCCAUUGUGCCACAACCAGAUGCAGUCCAAUUCAAUCAGCUGCUAAGCAAAUGUUUGCUCAUAGCAAACGAUAAGCCGGAGGCAGCAGCUGCAAAGAAGCCCAAGGCGGCCAAGUGCAAGUGCAAGUGCAAGCCACCCAAACAUGGCGACAUGUGCUACACGCUCAAUCGCGAUGAGCUGCACGAGCGCAUAAGCAAUAUGCCCAAUGUAAAGCGACAAUUGGAUCACAAGGCUGCAUUCGAAUGGCUACACUGCCCCAGCAAUGUGGAUCCCAAUCCAGCGCGCGCUUUCAGGCCGCCCAUAACGCUCAAGCGCGCUUUGGACAUGGAGAAGCCCGCCAAGAAGCCCAAGCAUGGACUGCGACGCAAGCACAAGUAUUGUGAGCUGCAAUGUGGCAUACCAGAGAAUUGGUGCACUGCUCAUCAAUGGAAAAUGUAUCAGGCGGAUAAGAAAACGUACGAGCAGCAGCUGCAGCAGGAGCUGGCGCUGGAGCAGGAAGCCGAUUCAGAGCCACGCAACUAUGAUGAACUGUAUGUAAAGUUAGUGCAAUGCUUUGAGCUCGAUGUCUGUAAUAAUCCCUACGGAGCGGAGUAUGAAAAGUUGGAGAAGAAGCAGCAGCAGCAGCCAAGCAGCCAGCGCAGCUCAGCCGAGCUCAGCUGCAGCAAAUCGAAUGGCACGAUCUUGAAGAAAGAUAGUUCAACAGACAAGUGUUGCUGCAGUCAAGAGCAGCCAGCAACGUCAGCUGGCGAAACUGAAUGUAGCUAAAACUAAACGAAGCGUAGCCCUGCAGUUAAGUUCAAUAGCAAUAGUAUCAAGUAUACGCACCUUUGGCUUCUUGGCAUAUUGUCCAGUGCGCACAUCGCGUAUGGUGGCUAUAUCCAGUAUGUCGAGCUCAUUAUUCUGAUCCACCCAAUGCAAAUAGAAACCCUUGGCAUCCACACGCAUUGUAACUGGCGUUCCACUCCCAGAGUCCUGUAAGUUAUAACAGAGAGAGAGAACGUAAGCGAUGUUGGUAUAAACAGAGCAGACGUAUAAACUAGAUCUAAUUUGUGCCAGAUAUAUUGUGGAACGUCCUAUAUAUAUAUAUUUAUAUACAUUUACUUGUAGCAGCAAUAAAAUUUUGGAUCUGUGGCGCCCCGCACCCAAAAAUGUUUGCUGGUGUGCGGGCGCCUCAGUGUUGGUUCAUUCAA